AUGCUCAGUCGUCGGGUCAUCUUUUACAUUGUCUGGGGGGCAAUCCAUAUCUUUACAUUCAGCUACGGAUGGUGGAAGCAGGAGACAGAUCAACGGUUAGCUGCUCUGAAUACGCUUCAGCACUCAGUUUGGGCUUCUCGAGGUGCCGGACUAUGCCUCUGCCUCGAUGGCUUCGCCCUUUUUAUUCCAGUUUGCAGGAACUUGAUGCACCUUCUCAGACCGAGGAUAGGCUGGAUCGUCUCGGUCGAUAGUAAUAUCUGGUUUCACCGUCAAGUUGCCUACACCACACUGUUCUUUACCGCAAUCCACACGACAGCCCAUUAUGUGAACAUGUUCCACGUCGAAACAACUCAAAUCAGACCCGAAAAGGCAGUCGCAAUCAUGUACACCGAAACCGGUCCUUUGACAGGCCACAUCAUGUUGUUUAUAAUGGUAUUGAUGUACACCACAGCGUCGACAACAAUCCGAACCCAGUGUUUCGAGGCAUUUUGGUACACACAUCACUUGGCAUUCUUUUGGGCGUUGUGUUUGUAUACCCACGCAGCAGGCUGUUUCGUCCGCGGAGCCCUUCCAGCUCAUCCAACCCAAUGCUUGGGAUACAAUAGCGUCUACGUGACUGUUUGGAGUGGGCUUGCUUACUUCUGCGACCGGGUCUUCAGGGAAGUUCGAGGAAGGGGCCGAAGUGAGAUCAGUGCGGUGUUGAUCCAUCCUUCUGGAACAGUCGAGAUCCGAAUGCAGAAGGCAGGGUUCAAAUACGUGCCCGGACAAUGGAUAUUCUUCCAGAUGCCAGAAGUCUCUCGAUUUCAGUGGCACCCAUUCACGAUCUCGAGUGCCCCGGAUGACCCAUACAUAUCGAUUCACGUUCGACAGGUGGGCGACUUCACCAAGGCCGUUGGCACCAGGCUGGGCGCCACGCCCCAGUUGAUGGCCACACUCAACCAGCCCUCGGAGUUCUCAGUGGACGAUUGUGGUGAAUUUCAUGAUAUCACUACCAUCCGAUCUCGGGACUUACCCCUGGUCCGGAUCGAUGGGCCGUAUGGUUCACCCGCCCAAGACGUAUUCAAAUGUGAAGUGGCGAUAUUGAUAGGGGCAGGGAUUGGCGUCACUCCAUUUUCUAGUAUCUUGAAGAAUAUAUAUUAUAUGCAGGCACAGGGCAAGCUUGGAUUACUCCGAAAAGUGCAGUUUAUUUGGAUCAACAAAGAAGUCACCUCGUUCAGUUGGUUUAAGAGCUUACUGAAAAAUCUAGAAGAUAUCCAGCAUGAUUACUCGUUCCUGAGGAUGGACAUGUAUCUAACGGGCUCGAUGGAUGAAGAUACGAUUUCGAACGUGGUGCUGAAUACGGGUGUACACGCGUUUGAUUCUCUGACUGGAUUGAAGUCGCAAACCCAUUUCGGGAAGCCUCAUUGGAAGAAAGACGUGUUUGAUCCAAUCCAGAAAGCCAUCCAUUCUGGUGAUUGGUAUGAACGAGAUAUCUCUGGGACUACCAAGGUUGGAUGCUUUUAUUGUGGCCCCCGUCCAUUAGCUGCAACAUUAGCCAAAGAAUGUGCGCAAGCUACUACCGACAAAGUCAAAUUUGAGUUUCACAAAGAGAGAUUUUAA